AUGGCCGACCAUCAACCAUAUGUUACUAUUCGGUCACGGAGACCUGUUGAGGGUCCUGGUUCAAGAAGUACUGGUCCUCCCAUUGCUAUAUCCGGUGCAGGAGACUACUAUGCCAGGUCCACAACCCAUGACACAAGCCGUACCAGUUUCCACGUGAAACAUAUCGGUCAAUUUGCCCAAACGCUUGAAAACUCCGCAGCCCGUGCUUUCCCCAACCGUGGAAGAUCUUCAGCCAGAUACAGCAAUGUACAAGCAUUAUUGUUGCACUGGAACUCGGACGAUCUCUUUGUUAUUCCCGAAUUGGAGGACCUCGAAAAGUGUUUGAGCGAGGAUUAUGGUUUUAGUACUGACAUUUUUGCAAUCCCAUCAGAAAACUCGCAUCUUGAGCUGAUGAUGCGUAUUGCCCAACUCAUUAAGGGCCACGAGGCUCAAGACACCCUUUUCUUGGUGUACUAUGGUGGGCAUGCCAGAAUUGAUGAAUCCAGACAGAGCACCUGGUGCGCAACUCGCGAAGCGAACUCGUCAUGGCUUCAGUGGUCUGCAAUUCAAACUCUCCUUGAACGCUCUCUUUCCGAUGUUCUCAUUCUACUAGAUUGUUGCGCUGGAGCCGCAAGCGCAACUUUCCCCAGCGGAGAUAGUAUUACUGAGACUAUCUCAGCGUCAAGUUGGGAUGCCAUUGCUCCUGACCCUGGACGUUAUUCCUUUACCAAUGCUCUCAUCGAAGUCCUUCAGGAGUGGCGUGUUCGAGCUUUCUCCGCUGCUAUGCUUCAUGCCGAGGUUCUCGCUCGAUUAAAACAUCCUCGACCCAUCACUAUCAACGGCAAAUACUUUGAGGCUCGGUCAACCCCUGUACACUUCAUGAUGACAUCCAACCACAAAGCGCCUAGCAUUGAAAUGUCUCGAAUGUCCCGUGGCGAUAACCUGCCAUCUCCCGAGUUGUUGCCAAUGCCUGCGGUGGCUCAUGAGACAGGCCGAGCAUCCGAUUCAGCACAUGUUUCCCAGAAUGACUACAUGUUCACCGAACCUAACGAAGACACCCCUCACGUAAUGAUUUCUUUGGCAUUGGAGGACGAUCAGAGGCUUGAUGUUAACGCGUGGGAACAAUGGCUGGGUGCCUUUCCUGCCAUGGCUAAAUACGUCAAGGUCCAGGGCGUUUUCAAGAGUCACUCAACAAUGCUCCUAGUCUCAAUGCCAGUCUCGAUCUGGGAUUUGCUUCCAGAAGACCAUGCCACAUCUUUCGUUGCCUUUAUCCGUUCCAAUAACCUUAUGACUCAGAAGCCCCGAAACCAAUCAGUGCCAACGUUGGUUCCAGCAAACCGUUAUCCGACUGAAAAUGACAGCGCUUCGUUCGUCUCUGGUGUUUCUGACACAACAUUUGUGCCCACAGAGAUGACAGGACUAGCCGGACAAAUGGGGGCUUUUCGGGACCCUGCGUACGGUAGGCAAAGCGGCCCUCUAGUCAGAAAUACUCUACCGCCCAUCCAGCAACUGUCACCCUUACAUAUGCCAUCGCAGCCUGGAUCACCACCGCAACGUUCUAUGAGACCGAUGCACUCCACAACAUCGCUUACAACACUACCAAGACAGCAGUCUUCCUCAUCUUUAGGGGCUGUUGGUGGAAACUUAACAAGGCAGAUGAUCGUGAAUCAGCAGCAAUCUUUACGGCGCACAACCUUUGGCGCCGAUGUACCGGAACCUAAGAGGUUUUCCCCUCACGUGGAAAAACGUCUAGAGGAGUAUUACCAGACUGAACCAUUGCCAAACGAUGGUCAAAAAGCAUUUUUUGCUUCCAAUCUCGGUGUAGAACCUUGGCAUGUCGAGGUUUGGUUCCAUCAUCGGAGAGAGAGAGAUGCCUUUUCCCAGCGAUUUGCCUCCCUCAGGGUUGAAGAACCCAAAACGCGGGCUCACAAUGGGCCACGCAUGAUUUUACCAGCGAAUCUUAGUGAACUCUUGGACAUAUCGCUUCCAGGACAGACUCUCAUACUGGAUCUUAGAUCGUCAACGGAGUUCCAAAGGUCUCAUGUUGUGGGUGCAAUUCACUUACGCGCUCCUCAAUCUUUCCUGCGCCCAGCAUCUCUAGACAUGGUUGAGCGAGCCUUUGCCGACGCACAGAGUCGAAGAGCAUUUUCACAUUGGCAGCAAGCAAGGUGCAUUAUCUUUUACUCUCGUGGACUCGAGCACCAGUGGGAAUGCCCAUCUGCAGAAGUUUUGCUGGAGAAACUGUGGGCUUGUGGCUGGAGAGGCCAAUGUUUCAUCCUGAAAGGCCACUACAGGGAGUUUAGUGGUUCGUUCGGCAAACACAUAUACCGUGCCCAAGACAGAGAGUCCGAAAAGGGCGUAUUUAAAGGAUCAGCUACUAACCAAGAGACGGCAAGCAACGAUAGAGGAUUUGCUGAUCUCCUUACUCGUUUGGAAAACGAGGAUCAGACGCAUCAACUCAGCUCGUCUCCCGGGUACAACGAAGAGCGAACCACAGCACUGGCAGAACAGGAAAAAACACUUGAGGAUGAGUUCCAAAGCCACUUCCCUGCACUCUUCAGGAAGUCACAGGAUGUGCAUGGCGCUGCGAGAUCAGAUGAUGAAAAUUUUGUGACCAAAGCUCAAAUGGUGGAAUACCUGGAUCGCGGUUUAACCAAGAUUCGAGAUGCUCAAACUCCGCAAGCACAGGCUACUGUUUGUGAGCCUGGGCAUUCCAAACUUACUGCCGAUAGUUACUUUGAUCACGCAAAUGUAAAUCGAGAAUCGGACGAGUACGUUGAGGUUGGUCGAGGAGACGGACCAGUAUUAGAUGGGGACUCGCAAGUGGCGGGUAAGGGUAAGGAAAUUCGGGUCAUGCCAUCCCCAGACGAAGUAUCUCGAAGGGGGCGAGGAGGGGGACUCUUGAAUAAAGUGUUCAGGAGAACAUAG